AUGUCGUUCGGCGACGGGAUCAAAGCCUUGCUCGACACUUACGCGAACUGCAUCUCGCUUCUCAAGGCAUUCGGGCAUAGCCGAGAGGAGGACGGCGCGCCCGACGCCCAGCAUCGACGUUCGCGUCUUCGCAGGUCUCUCCGAUCUGACCGCUCUCUGGUAGAGCGGGCCUAUUCUUCCAGAUUAUCCGAAUCAGGAAGCCGUUUUCGGAAAGGCGAUGUCCGCGCCGUCACAGCUCUAGACAGGGUUCUCAAGAAAUUGAAAAGUGCCAUCAGGAACUUACUCCGCCUUUCGAACAAGAAUGAGGGUCUGGACUUAGACUACCAAUCCUUGUUGUCUCUCUCGAACGGCUCGAGGGCGGAGGCAAUCAAGGCCAUCGACAGCCUCUCUCGCCGGAUCGGGAGCUCAUCGCGGUCUUCGGUGGUCUCCUCGUCUCACUCUAAAGCGCCGUCCAAACACAGGCGGAAAUCGUCGCCCGAUCCCCGGCACAGUACCACCAAGUCAUCGAAGGGAACUGGACAUGAACAUCGAGCUUCACAGCCAAUGACAACACCAGCUUCACCGCCAUUACCGCCCCCGAAGUCGCCAGAAAUAAAACCAGCCUUAAAGAAGCCGCGGAGAGCUUCACAGCCAGCGACAGCACCACCCCCACCGCCCCCCAAGGAACCAGAAAUAGGACUACCAACACCAACUCCACGAAUCCGGAAUCUAAACCCGGAAACGAAUAAGGGUGGCCCAUCAAAGGAUCUCAAGGUAGUCGAAAACAACCGAAUCUCGAUUAUCUCAUUUGCCUCAGACAGCACAAAGCUGGGCGAAAUCCCCCAGAGGAAAUGGGAGCCCAUGGCACGACAUUUAGAAGUUGAGCCGGACGGUGAUGAGUACAACGUCCGUCCUAUGUUUCCGCUGAAACCGUACACGGUAGAAGUGAAGGAGAAGCGUUUCUUGGGGCUCUUUCGCCGAAAACGGGAUUCAUGA